UGUUAUUCAGAGCUGGGCACGGGCGCAGGGGCUCAGGUUUGGCCUGGGCAUCGGUGGCCUUCAUUCUGCGACCUGCAGCGAGUCUUUCCGACCCUGACCCCUUACAACUCCUCAGUCUAGGUUGGACUCCCUAGCAGAGACUGAGAAAAAUGUCCGCAGACUUUUACAGCAAGGAGAGCGACUAUGGCUACAUCCGCAAGGUCUCCGGACCUGUGGUGGUCGCCGACCACAUGGCCGGUGCUGCCAUGUAUGAGCUGGUUCGCGUGGGCACGGACAAUCUGAUUGGUGAAAUCAUUCGUCUGGAGGGCGACAGCGCCACGAUCCAGGUGUAUGAGGAGACGGCUGGUCUCUGCGUGGGCGACGUGGUGGUGCGCACCAAGAAGCCCCUGUGCGUGGAGCUGGGCCCUGGUGUCCUGGGCAACAUCUUCGAUGGCAUUCAGCGCCCGCUGAAGCAGAUUGCCAUUGACAGCGGCGACGUGUUCAUUCCUCGUGGUGUGGCCUGCCCGUCCCUGGACAUUGUGAAGCAGUGGGAGUUCCAGCCGAAGGGCUUCAAGGUCGGCGACCGCAUCACCGGUGGUGACAUUUACGGUAUCGUGAAUGAGAACUCGCUCAUUGAGCACCGCCUGAUGCUGCCGCCCGGCGCUCGCGGUACUGUCACCUACAUUGCCCCCACGGGCCACUACAACGUGGAGGAGGAGAUCAUCGAGGUGGACUUCCAGGGCACCAAGAAGCGCUACUGCAUGAAGCAGCUGUGGCCCGUGCGCAUGCCGCGCCCGGUGGCCCAGAAGCUGCUGGCCGACACGCCCCUGCUGACCGGCCAGCGCGUGCUGGACGCCCUGUUCCCCUCGGUGCUGGGCGGCACCUGCGCCAUUCCCGGCGCCUUCGGCUGCGGUAAGACCGUCAUUUCGCAGGCGCUGUCCAAGUACUCGAACUCGGACGGCAUCAUCUACGUGGGCUGCGGCGAGCGCGGCAACGAGAUGGCGGAGGUGCUGGCGGAGUUCCCCGCCCUGACCAUGACGCUGCCGGACGGCCGCGAGGAGUCGAUCAUGAAGCGCACCUGCCUGGUGGCCAACACCUCGAACAUGCCCGUGGCGGCGCGCGAGGCGUCCAUCUACACCGGCAUCACGCUGGCGGAGUACUUCCGCGACAUGGGCUACCACUUCUCCAUGAUGGGCGACUCCACCUCGCGCUGGGCCGAGGCGCUGCGUGAGAUCUCGGGUCGCCUGGCGGAGAUGCCUGCCGAUUCCGGUUACCCCGCCUACCUGGGCGCCCGUCUGGCCUCGUUCUACGAGCGCGCCGGUCGUGUGCAGUGCCUGGGUGGCCCCAAGCGCGAGGGCUCCGUCACCAUCGUGGGCGCCGUGUCGCCCCCCGGUGGUGAUUUCUCGGACCCCGUCACGGCUGCCACCCUGGCCAUCGUGCAGGUGUUCUGGGGCCUGGACAAGAAGCUGGCGCAGCGUAAGCAUUUCCCUUCGGUCAACUGGCUCAUCUCCUACUCCAAGUACACCAAGUCCCUGGAGCCCUUCUACGACAAGUUCGACCCCGAGUUCGUGCAGCUGCGCACGGUGUUCCGCGAGGUGCUGCAGAAGGAGGAUGAGCUGAACGAGAUCGUGCAGCUGGUGGGCAAGGACGCGCUGGCGGAGACGGACAAGAUCGUGCUGGAGACGGCCCGCUUCAUCAAGGACGACUACCUGCAGCAGAACUCGUUCACCAAGUACGACAAGUACUGCCCCUUCUACAAGUCCGUGGAGAUGAUGCGCAACAUCUCCACCUUCCACCGCCUGGCCACCGCCGCCAUCGAGAAGACGGCAGCCGGCAACGCCGAGGGCCAGAAGAUCACGCUCAACGUGAUCAAGCAGCGCAUGGGCGACACCCUCUACAAGCUGACCUCGCAGAAGUUCGAGGACCCGGCCGAGGGCGAGGAGGUGGUGCGCCGCAAGCUCAAGGCGGUGUACGAGGAGCUGCACGACCGCUUCCGCGCCCUGGAGGACGAGUUCCGGUAAUCGGAGCGCCACGCGGGCGGGUGCUGACCGGAGCUAGCUGCGUAGCUGCGCGGACUGGAGCCUAGCCCUAGCACUGGGGCUUGGAGCCGGAGCUGGAGUCAGAAGGACUGGCGCUGGGCGCGCAGGCCGCAGCAGCAACAGCAGUGGCUCGAGAGUUUUUACGGGGUGUGGGUUUCGCGCCGGGGGUUUGGGACCCGGUGUUGUUCAUGACCGCGGCACCGUUGCCGCCGACAUCAGACAAGGGGUUAUGAGAGGGCGCGGCGCCUGCGGCCGCACCACAUGGGUCGUACAAAGGGUGGACGGCCGAUACGGCGGGAUUUCACCUGACCAUCACCGCUUGACCAGUAGACAUAUAACCACCCAAGUCUGGUGGGUCGGACCGACGUGCUCUGAGGGUUUUAGAGGGUAGACAUUUGGUAUUUGAAGCAGCGACGUGCUGGAAGGGGGCGUGCGAAGCGUGGGUACACCUGUCCCGUCGUCUAUCAGCCGACUGGCGGCCUGAAGGUGCGGAACGUUGCCUCGAGUGCAUGGAUUCGGGAUGUGCCUUUGUUCGGAACCCAUUUUGCUUCCGUGCAGUCCGGCGGCGCACUGCGCCAGCGCUCCCGCAACCAUUCCUGUGGGGCUGGUCGCGUGUGCUGCCUGGAGAAGGGGCCACACGAGCGCGUAUGGACUGGUAUAGGCGCCUCGGUGUAACAAACACGUGAA